GGCACACCGCACAGCCUGCCCAUGGGGGGUGCGCGGUGGGGAGCAGCGCCGGAGGCCGAGGGAGAGAUGGGUGGUGACAGGGUGCACUUCUGCACAGGCAGCCAGAGGGUGUCCCUGCGCGCCCCAGGGCUGGACUCGGCGGCGGGGGCUCCCGUGGCCCCCAGGAAGCUAAGGCUCGCUCAGACCACCGUUGCAGUUAUGGCUGUGACUCUUGUCUCCUCGCUGGUGGCUCUCAUUGUUGUGGUCCUGCAGAAGCCAGGAUCCCCGCCGCUGGAGCCCGUUCAGCAGCUUCAAGCCGCGACUCCGGGAGACAAGGCCGCGGCCGAGCAGCUACCUGCGGGGCCGCACGAUCCCCACCGCUCUGACGGGCUGGCAGAGUUGCAAGAGACUAUCCAGAUGUUUAAAAGCCAUGUGGAGAAUUCCAACACCUGGAGCACAGAGAUCCGGAUGUUGACUUGCAGAGUGGACAAUGUCAGUUCUCAGAUCCAGGUGCUCAGUGGGCAUCUGGAAGAUGCCAGUGCUGACAUCCAGAUGGUAAAAGGCAUUCUACAGGAUGCCAAUACCUUGAGUUUCCAGACCCAGAUGUUGAGGAGUUCGAUGGAGGGGGCCAGUGCAGAGAUCCAGAAACUAAAAGGAGAUCUGGAAAAUGCAAAUGCUUUAAAUUCCCAGACCCAUAGUUUCUUAAAAAACAGUUUAGAAAAUGCCAGCAUUGGUCUCCACAUGCUGAGUGGAGGCUUAGGAAACACCAACACUGAAAUUGCAAUAUUGAAGGCAGGGCUGAAAAUGGCAAAUGCCCAGGCCCAGUGGGCAAACAGUAGUCUAAAGAAUGCUAAUGCUCAGAUCCAUGUUUUGAGAGGCCAACUGGCUAGUGUUGAUGAUUUAAGGGCUGAAAACCAGGUUUUAAGAAGCAGUUUGGAAGGAGCCAAUGCUGAGAUCCAGAGGGUCAAGGGAAGCAUGCAAAAUGCCAAUGCUUUAAACUCCCAGACCCAGACUUUUCUAAGAGGCAGUUUAGACAACACCAGCUCGGAGAUUCAGUUAUUAAGAGGUCAUUUCAAAAGGACUGGGGAUGAGAUUCUCUUGUUAAAAAGAGAUUUGGAAACAAUCACUGCCCAGACCCAGGUAACAAGCAACCAUCUGGAGCAGACAGAUGCUCAGAUCCAAUUAUUAAAAACAGAGCUUGAAAAUGCCAAUGCCUUAGAUCCCAAGAUUCAGGUGUUAAGCAGUUAUCUGAAAAAUGCCAGCAGUGAGAUACAGACCCUAAAACAAAGAGUGGAAGCUGCUGCAUCGUUAGUUUCCAAGACCCAGAUGUUAGAGAGCAAUCUGCAGAAGGCCAAUGCCGAGAACCAGCAGUUAAAGUGGGAUUUAGAGAACACCAAAACGCUAAUUAAGAAAAUCCAGGAGAAGCAGAAUGGCCUGGAGACAAUCCGUGAGGCCUUAGGUUCCCAGGAGCAGCUACAGAGGACCCAAAAUCAGCUUCUUCACCUGAUCCUGCAAGGCUGGAAGGCCCACGGCGCAAGCUUGUACUACUUCUCUCACGUCAAGAAGUCCUGGCACGAGGCUGAGCGCUUCUGUGUGUCGCAGGGAGCCCACCUGGCCUCGGUGACGUCGGAGGAGGAGCAGACCUUUCUGACGCAGUUCACGAGCGUGUCCCACCACUGGAUCGGCCUCACAGACGGGGGCCACGAGGGCGUCUGGCGCUGGGUAGACGGGACGCCGUUCAGUGCUGGCCGGAGCCCGGUUUUGGGGCAGCCAUCAGCCAGACAACUGGCAGCACGAGGACGGCCGGACGGAGGACUGCGUCCACAUGCAGAACAAGUGGAACGACAUGCUCUGCGACACCCCCUAUCACUGGGUGUGCAAGAAGCCCACCGGCCAACGCGUGGCCUGAGGCGGGCCAGGAGGGAGGGCCACGGCCACUGCCAGCCCUGGCCCCCCCCACACACGCCCUGUGGAGACUGCUGCGCCCAGCCCGCUCCCCGGGGCUCCCCGUUCGGCCCUCUGUGUCCCCUGCUCGCCCUUUCAUUUAGCCCUGCACACCUGCUAACGUCGCAUGACCCGGGGGGCCCCAGGGCUCCUCCAGGCCAGGGCUUGCUGUGCCCCCGCGUCCCCCUCAGCUGCCAGCGUGGGCCUGAGACGGCGGCUCCCCAAUAAACACUGACUAGUGCACGAGGGCUCCGGCUCGUCUGGCGAGGGCCGCCGCACCCUCUCCCCCUGGCGCGCUUCUCCUCCCUCGAUGUCCCUCCUGAGCGUGAACCAGGUUUCUGGGUCUGACUGGCCCAGGGAAGAGCUGCGGAGGCUCCCCGGCUGCAGGGGUGAGGGCAUCCCGGGUACCUGACACCUCCCCUGUGGCCGGGCGCUGGCGCUGGACUGUGCGAGGCCCUGGAGCCACUCCAUACGGCUUCAUCCUGUGGUAGCCCCCCUCAUUUCCUGGCUGCAAACCUCGGGUGCUCUCUCUCUCUGGCUUUGGUGUUUUCUUGGGGCCCCUCCCCCUUCCAGGGACUGGAGUGUAGGACGAGAAUCCCCGGAGCAGUUCGGGGCCCUGCCCCACGGACUCACAGCCUGGGAGCCCAGGGCAGGCUUCUGGGGCCCCGGCCUGCACGACUCCCUCCCCUCCGUGCUCCUCCCCAAACCCCUGGCAGCUCAGGAUUCUGGGGAGCUCAGCCCACGCGUGUGGCUGCUCCUCCUGCACUGGGAUAUGGAAAGGGCCUCCACGAAGAAUCCCAGGCAGCUGGAGGCUCAAGCUGUCUGCUUCCCCACUCGGGAACUCGGAUUUCAGUUGUUUGAUGUCUGAAAGCAAUUGUUUCAUCAACGGUUUCAUGAAUUUUGUCCAGUGUUCCCAUUGCUGACAGCAAAAGGACUAGUCCCGUUGCUCCCCUGGGACCAGAAGUGGCCACCGGUCCUACCUGCUGUGGUACCUGUGGCUGAACAGGACUUUAACUCGUUUGUUUCCCUUUUUUGGCUCUCCUGUGGCAUUUUAUUUUAUGGCUUCUUAGCUUUUCUUCAGUCUUAGAAACUCCUCCCCUACCGCAGGACUGAGAUAACAUUUCGCUGUAUUUCUUCUAGUACGUUUACAGUUUUGUUUUUUUCUUAGACUUACAUAUGUUACUGGAUCUGAUUUCCUGAAUCUCCUUGGUACUUUUGUGCUGUGGCAAUGUAGAUAUUUACGGAUAGGCUUAUUGUUCUCUUUUUAUGUAUUUCUAUUCUUUGUCUUAGGGUUUUCCUUUUUUUUUUUUUAAAGAUUUUAUUUAUUCGUUCACGAGAGGCACAGAGAGAGAGAGAGAGAGGCAGAGACAGAAGCAGGCUCCCUGCAGGGAGCCCGACGUGGGACUCGAUCCCGGGUCUCCAGGAUCACGCCCUGGGCCGAAGGUGGUGCUAAACCGCUGAACCACCCGGGCUGCCCUCAUGUUGUAUUUCUAAUAGCUUUUAAUUUGUGUAUUUCAGUGUUACUUUAACGUCUAAAGCUUCAUAAUCAUAAAGCCUCCUUGAAGAUUUUUACUUUUUACCAAUAUCCAUGCAAUCCAGGAUCAUUUCCUGUGCCUCUCCCAUGGACCAGGCACUUUUCCAGGUUUUCAAGAUUCGAAAGUGAAGGAAACAGGGGCGCCUGGGUGGCUCAGGAGGUCGGGCGUCCGUCUCUUGCUUUCAGCUCAGGUUGCGAUCUCAGCGUCUUGAGACUGAGCUCCAUGCUGGGCUCUGUGCUUGGCAGCGAGUCUGCUUGAGAUUCUCUCCUCUACCCUCUGACCAACCCCACUCUCUCUCUCUCUCUCUAAUAAAUAAAUAAUAAGAUCUUAAAAAAUAAACCCUCCCAAAGUGAACAACAGAUAAAAGCCCCUCCCGGCUCCAAGCCAGCACUCCAGUAGGGAGGACAGGUGGUUGGGACACCCAGUCCCUGCUCACAGCCCCAGGAAGGGUCCCCUGGGGCCUGAAGUCUGGCAGUGGCGCCACUCCGGAGUAGCGGCCAGCUGCUGGCUAUCCGUCUAACCAACCUGGUCUGUGGCCUGGAGCUAAUGGAACAGGGACGGGUAAACAUCCUCAUGCUCCCGGGUCAAUUCUCACGUCUGGGCUGGCCCGUUCUCUCUGCAGAGAAGGUACUGAAAGCUGCAGUUUCCGCAAGAGAGAGCCAGAAAGGCAGGGCAAUGGACUUCUCUACAGACUGAGCGGAGCCAUCUGGGGAGACAGACUGAAGUGCUCCGCUGUCCUGGGGGAAGUGGUCAGCUCGUCGUCCUGGAGUCCCUGCCCCACCCCGCCUCUGCUGUGGGGACGCUGUAGAGCUGCCACCGCAGGUGACCAGGGAUCGCACUGGUGAGAGACCUAGGCCGUGACAGUUGGCGCCACGUGGGGCGUGCUGUUGGCACCCGGAUGCCCACAGCCUUUCCUCCCAGCGCCAGACCCGGCCCAGUGGAGGCUGAGUCUGCGCAGGGUGGUUGGGGGAAAGCCCAACUCUGGCACACGGAGAAGAAGGCACAGACCCUCUGGCUGUCAUGCAACGACCUUCCAGACUCGGUUUUCUAGGCCCAGGGAACGAUUUCUCAGUCAGGAGAAAGCACAUUGUGGAAGCAGAUGCCACAGCCUUUUGGGGAUCACUACCUGCGCUGUAGUCAGCGACUCUGAGCGUCCUCCGCCAGCCGAUGCCCCGAAACUCUGCAGGUCUUACAGCCCAGAUUUGCGCCUGGGCCUCCCGACCUGCCUACGCCUCGCCUCCCGGAAAGAGCCUCUCCCUUUGUGUUGCUCUCACAUUUAAGGACCAGUUGUAAGUGGCUCUACCGCCAUCUGCCGCUACCAAUUCCUACAGCUCAAAGCCAACCAAGACCAGGGACCCCAGUACCAGCAUAGCCCCAGGCCCCAGUGAGAGUUACGGGAGAGUGAGGGGGCCUGGGCUGCUCUCAGGAGGGGUGGCUUAGGAGAGCAGAGGGUCUGCUGGCUGGGCCCCAAGAAGGCUUUGCCCUGCGGGACAGGCCCUGUGCAGCAGGGGGGCCACCACACAGCUGUGCCUCAGUGCCCCUCCCCUCCCCAAUGCAGCCUGGAGCCUACUUCCCCUCGAAUCUCCUCAAAGCCCUGCUUCUGUUGCAAUCUUAUCCUUCUUAGACCUGACAAGCAUUUCUCGCUGCAGCCGGUCCCAGGACUGGGAUUCCAGGCCCUCUUCAAGGGGGCCCCAAUGAACCUUUCAUGACAUCCCUGCUACAGCAUCACCAGAACCCGGCCCUGGACCUCAGUGUCUCCCCAACCAGUUCUUUUUUUUUUUUUUAAUUUUUAUUUAUUUAUGAUAGCCACAGAGGGAGAGAGAGAGAGAGGCGCAGAGACAUAGGCAGAGGGAGAAGCAGGCUCCAUGCACCGGGAGCCCGAUGUGGGAUUCGAUCCUGGGUCUCCAGGAUCGCGCCCUGGGCCAAAGGCAGGCGCCAAACUGCUGCGCCACCCAGGGAUCCCUCCCCAACCAGUUCUGAUCGCGGCUUCUGCACUUUUGCUCACGACACCCUCUGCCUGGGUCACCCAUGACCUGUCUGCGUAAUCGCCAAGUUUGUGGACAUUGCAUCUGGUUCGUACGUCAUGACUGCUCUUGCAGCCGUCACUUACAGUGGGGUGGGCAUCAUGGGAGGCAGGAGAGAUUGGUGCUUAGGGACCCAGGCUCCAUGGCCAGACUGCCUGGGUCCAGUCCUAGCUCUGCCCCUGCCUCGCUGGGAAAGCUGGUUGCUUGAUUUUUGUCUCUCAAUUUCCUCUUCUGUGAAAAAAGUACAGGGUCCCUCUCUUGAGGCUCGUGUGCAGAUUAAGAAAGUCAAUCCAUAAAAUGAGCUUUCACCAGCUUCUUAGGGACAAAGCCUGUGAGUCUGUUCCCCUUCUCUGUUCUUGGUGGAGAAGCACAUCUGACCCAUGGUGAACUCUGCUGGUGAUGUGGCCAAGACAGUAACCCCAGCUCGUGCCCAGUGGGAGUGGAGCAGGAGCCUCAAGGGAAGGGAAGUCCAGGGCAUGGCAAGCAGGCAGGGUCUGUGUGCCCGCGGACAGGCCAGCUGGAGGUGACCCUGGGAUAGAGGGCAUUCAGAUCUCGAGGAGAACCUGACCGGCCGUGCAGCCUUGCCUAGUCUCUCAACGUCCCCGGUGCUGGUUUUCUCCUCUGUACCGGGGGAUAAGGUCCAGCUCCCAGGAAUACGGUGAAAUAAGAUAAUACAUAGUUAAUUCUGUAUGUUGGCAAAUUGAACACCAAUAAAAAAUAAAUUUAUUAUUUAAAAAUCAAGAUAAUACAUAGUAACAACAUGAAUUUAUAUGAAUAUGAGUAAUAAGAGGAAAUUGCCAAAUUGAUUUAGAUAGGACUUGUGGGCCAUGUAGAUGUGUCGCUUUAUAGGUUUUGAUCCCUUUUUCAGAUGUCCCUCUUUGCCUUCCCUUAUUAAGCUGGUUUUUAGCAGCUCUCUCAUGUUCUGACUGAGCAGAGAUGAUGGGGACUGUGAGCCACAAGCCGGGGAGUGUGACGAAGGGCUGUCCAGGCCCCGGGCAGAUGUGGGGAACGUUCCUCUUAGCUGGGCCCCUGGGUAGGAAGCAGGAACGGCUGAUGAGGUGAACGUGCUGGAGCCAAAGAUGGAGCAAGAGCCAGCUUGGAUGGCAUCCUCCUGCUCCCACCCCCUCCACCUGCACUUCCCGCCUGCUUCCCUUCCUUUGGGUGCCUCUCGGCAUCGCACAGGCAGGGGGGUGAAAUUCCAUUUUCCAGAACCCCAUAUCCCCAGGGUUCCAGAUGCCAAUUAGGAUGACCUCCUUAGAAACAGGUGUGUG